UCACCUUGGUCAGUCAGCAGGCUAAAGGAAAGCCAGUCGGUGCCUUAAAACUGUCUCUGUGAGGAAAAGCUCUGUCCACGGCACCGAUCUACCAGUCCCCUUUGUCUAUUGUCUGCUAUAGAGGGUCCGCCAGUGGGUUGGACUUUACCUGGUGUAAGACAAGAGGUGGGGGGCAGAGGAUGGCAGAGAGUCUUUACACCUGUACUGCAGACUCCGCUGGUCAGUCUCAGUCAUGACCAUUGCCUUAAACAGAGGAGAGUAGAACAGGUACUGUGAGGAGAAGCAAAACAGGGCAGAAUGGUGAGGUGCUGGAAGCAUUCUGAAGCUGGUCUGGAGGAGCCACAGCGCAUGCAGUGUGAUCCCACAAGCUCCUCCAGGGUUCCUCACAAAGUGCUGGGGUUGAGUCUGGCUGUCAUGCUGCUCAUUGUUAUCAUUGCUCUCGGUGUUACUGCACAUCUAGGGCUUCAGCACAAGACACAAUCUUCACUGCAGGUCUUCAGAAUCCCUGAUCACACAGGUGACCUGAUCAGCCAGUCUACUGUGAUCGACAAGAAUAACAAUGUAGUGACCUAUUCUGUGACUUCUCAUGUCAACCACAGCUCCACAGUCAUUUUUGACCUGAGACAUGGCUUGGUUUGCUAUAAACCUGACAACCAGGACAGCUGCUUUCUUCGCCGGAUGGAGAGUUGGGACUAUGAGAACAUGCACUCUCAACUGAACGAGUCUGAACAGCAGGUCCGUCAGGUCUGGGUGGUGGGAAAUCAGACUGAAAAACACACAGAGUUUUUGGGAGUGAUGCCUGGGAGUCGUGUCGAAGCUUUGAGUCUUCAAGAACCUCUUCAGUCGCUCUGUCAGCAGGCCUCUGUCUACUGGACUAGAAGAACUGAUGGUCCCGGAAAACAAAGACUUAUUUACUUCUGCAUCGACAUCUGCUUCCCCAGCAACAUUUGCGUUUCUGUGUGUUUCUACUACUUGCCAGAGUGACAUUCAAGCGACGGUGUUUCAACACACGCCAGAGAAACAAACAACUGCGCUGACUUCAAUGAGAGCAACUGGAGAGGCUACACAAAUGCCAUACAUAAUGCCAAUCUGGCAACGCAGGCGAAACCAUCAUGUCACGUUAUCUGCUAAAUCCUUAUCUUCAUCCUCUCUUGUAUUUAGCCCCAUUUUUACAGUGAUGUUUGAACAUGCCUUGGCGCAAAGACUCGUACCUCUUGUAACCUGAUGCAGAUGAGUAAUGGAAAAAAGGCUGGUCAACAAUAAAGCUCCAU